GGCGCGCGGCGGCGGCUGAACAAAAUGGCGGCCGUUGGCAGAGCCACUGAGGAAGAGAUGCGGGAGGCGCGGGCCUCGGAAGAUGAAGGCGACGGCGAAGAAGAAGAGGAGGAUGGGGAGUCCGAGUCCGAGGAGUCCUCCGUGGAAGGCGAGGAUGAGGACGCGGAGAAGGAGAACGAGGCCGAGAUCCAGCGCCUAGAAGAGCAGCUAUCCAUCAAUGUAUUUGAUUACAAUUGUCAUCUGGAUCUCAUAAAAUUGCUGCGCCAGGAAGGAGAAUUAGUCAAACUCCGAAGAGCCCGUCAGAAGAUGAGUGAACUAUUUCCCCUUACAGAAGAAAUCUGGCUAGACUGGCUGAAGGAUGAGAUUCGGAUGGCUUCAGAAAACUCGGGGAGAGAGAAGCUCUAUGAUCUCUUUGAGAGAGCUGUGAAAGACUACAUCUGUCCGGAAAUAUGGCUGGAAUAUGCCCAGUAUUCGAUUGGAGGCAUUGGCCAGGAGGGAGGCAUUGAUAAAGUUCAUUCAAUAUUUGAAAGGGCGCUAACGGCUGUUGGCCUUCACAUGACAAAAGGAGCUGCCAUCUGGGAGGCAUAUCGGGAGUUUGAAAAUGUCAUCCUGGAAAGAGUGCAGCCAGCAGCCGGCAGCGUUCCAUCUGCUGAGCAGCAGCAGACAGUCAUCGCACAGCUUGGAAGGAUUCAUGCGCUCUUUAGGCGCCAGCUGGGGAUCCCACUGCUUGAUAUGGAGGCUACAUAUGCAGAGUAUGAAGAGUGGUCUGAGGAGCCAAUCCCUGAAGCCGUGAUCAGAAACUACAAGAAGGCUUUGCAGCAGAUGGCUAAAUGUAAACCAUACGAAGAGGCCCUGGUAGGAGCAGAGACUCCAAAGCUGGCAGAAUACCAAGCCUAUAUCGAGUUUGAGACGAAGGCUGGGGACCCAGCUCGCAUUCAGCUGACCUAUGAGCGUGCCCUGGUAGAGAACUGCCUUGUGCCAGACCUCUGGGCUCGUUACACGCAGUAUCUGGACAGGCAGCUGAAAGUGAAGGAGCUGGUGCUUUCCGCCCAUGAGCGAGCCGUCAGGAAUUGCCCGUGGACCGUCAAGCUGUGGAACCAGUACCUCCUGGCCAUGGAGAGGCAUCAUGUUGAGCACGAGCUGAUUUCAGAGAACUUUGAAAAGGCUUUGAACGCUGGCUUCAUUCAAGCUACUGACUAUGUGGAAAUCUGGCAGGCAUACUUGGAUUACCUGAGGAGAAGGGUGGAUUUUACUCAAGACUCUAGUAAAGAGCUAGAAGAACUUCGGUCUGCCUUUGCCCAUGCAAUAGAAUAUUUAAAGCAAGAAGUGGAAGAACGUUUUAGUGAGAGUGGGGAUCCUUCAUGCACCGUAAUGCAGACCUGGGCGAGGAUUGAGGCUCGCCUGUGUAACAACAUGCAGAAGGCACGAGAACUCUGGGACAGCAUCAUGACCAAGGGCAAUGCCAAGUAUGCCAACAUGUGGCUGGAGUACUACAACCUGGAACGGGCACAUGGCGACACCCAACACUGCAGGAAGGCCUUAUACCGGGCCGUGCAAUGCACAAACGACUACCCAGAGCAUGUCUGUGAGGUGCUGCUUAUGCUGGAGAGAAUUGAAGGCACUUUGGAAGACUGGGAUGCAGCUGUUCAGAAGACAGAAAACCGGCUUGCUCGAGUCAAUGAGCAAAGAGUUAAGGCCGCUGAGAAGGAGGCUGUCCUGGCGAAACAGGAGGCACAGCGAGCCGAGCAGCAGAAGCAAUCGCGGGCAGAGAAGAAGAGGGCUGCCAAAAAGUCCAGGAAGCUGAAAACUGGAGAAAAGCGCAAGGCCGACAGUGAUGAUGGUGAAUGGGGGCAGGAGGAAGAGGAGGAAGAAGCUGAACAGCCCAGCAAGAGGCACAAGACGGGGGGCGGUGAUGGCGAUACUUUGGCUGAAGAGGAGGUUGAAGACAUGGAGAUGGAAACAGGGCUCUUCGGAAAGAACAUGCCCACAAAUGCAGGUUUGAGACGCAAGGAGGAGGAGGCGGCGGCAGCUCCCAAGUGGAAAGACACCCCCAAAACCUUUCAUGACAGCGCAAAGGACAACGUCACUGUCUUUGUCAGCAACCUCUCCUACAGCAUGGCAGAGCCUGAGGUGAAGCUGAAAGAUCUCUUUGCAGACUGUGGGGAUGUGGUGGAGGUCCGUCCCAUCUUCACCAACAAAGGGCUUUUCCGGGGCUACUGUUACGUGGAAUUCAAGGAAGAGAAGGCAGCCCUGAAAGCCCUCAGCCUAGAUCGGAAACAAGUGGAGGGGAGGCCCAUGUUUGUCUCCCCGUGCGUUGAUAAGAACAAGAAUCCAGAAUUCAAGGUGUUCAAGUAUAGCACUGUCCUGGAGAAACACAAGCUCUUUAUCUCUGGAUUGCCUUUUUCCUGUACUAAGGAGGAGCUGGAGGAAGUAUGCAAAGCCCAUGGGAGUGUGAAGGAGAUCCGGCUGGUCACAACCCGAGCUGGCAAACCCAAGGGUCUAGCCUAUGUGGAAUUCGAGAAUGAGAUGCAGGCCUCCCAAGCAGUGCUGAAAAUGGAUGGCCUGACAAUCAAAGAUCAAAUCAUUAAGGUGGCUAUUAGCAACCCACCUACCCGAAGAUUCCCUGAGAAGCCUGAGGUAGCAGGGAGAAACAUGGGACCCCGGCAGAUCUAUGGCGCCCGCGGCAAAGGGAGAACCCAGCUCUCGAUGGUCCCUCGUGCUCUGCAGCGCCAGAGCACCCCCACGGCCAAGGCAGAGAAUGGAAUGGCCCAGAACCCAGCAGCGCCGUCCCUCCCCAUGGCAGAGGAGCCUAAGAAGAUGUCUAACGCAGACUUUGCCAGGCUGCUUCUGAACAAGUGAGCAAGUUGCCCGGGGGUGGUGGUGGUGGUGUGUGUGCCAGUGAGAAAAACUGGCAGCUGGUGACCACCCCCUCACUUCUCUGGACUUUCACACCUACCAAGCUAUACAGAGCAGGGAACUGCUGAUAUGGGAAUGGUCUGAUUUUUCUCAGAUGGCAAAGAUGAUGUACUUUGGGGGCAGGAGGGGAAAUUCUAGUUGAAAUGGCUUUAAAUGCUCCCUCAUAUUGAGGGAUGUGAUGAGGGAUGUAAAUUCACUUUAGAGGUGGCUCAUGGAGCUUCUUUCUUUUUUUAAGGGAAACUUUUUGACAAAUGAGAAGUUCAUAAUGUGAAAGCUUCUGGCUCUAAGUCCUAGGGCAGGCUCAGAUCCAGUUUGUUGGGGCAGCUUCUCUGUCUCACCUGCAAGUACACUUUACAGACCCCCCCCCCACAUCCUCAGAUCUCUGGCAUUACUCACCUCUUCCUCUUGUGAAUAGUUAUAAAUAGCAGAUGCUAGUAACUUCACCGUAAUGGCCUAUUUUAGUACUGGGGUGCAGGGGCAAGAAUUUCUAUUGACCAUUUGCUCAAGUUGGUCUGGUUUUUUUAAAAUAGCUGUAUCUACCUAAAUAUUUGAGUAUUUGUAAAGAUGUGCCAGAACAUUAUUUUUCAGCUUUGACACGAUACUAGAAGGAUCACUUGUAAACUCGGAUGUGUUGCCACUGUGGACCAUUUGGCAUUUUGUUUGCCAAAGAUCUGUACUUGUCUAUAUCUUGUUUCUUUGUUUUUUGGCUUCAGACUUUUGUUUGGUUUUGUACACCAUGUGAAGUGUGAGACUAUGUUCCUACUCCAGGCUCCAUUAAAGCUAGUUCUUGAAAGCUG